CUUCACCUUCACCUACCCAUACCCACAUCUAGCCAACCACACCAAGUAUAGAACAUCACACACCAUGCCGCAAAUAGAAGAGCUCCCCGACGACUUCGAUGAGUCUAUCGACCUCAACAAGCAGCCAAAACCCGCUGCAGACCUCCCCGGCAUGCCACCUGGCGGGGACCAGAUUCCCUUCCCCAUCAAUGAGGAGCGCAUGAAGGAGCUUGAGGCAAUUGAUCCGUUGGCGCCGAAGAUGCCGCCGAACAUGGCGUCGGUGAAGUCGCAUACAAGGGAGGAGUUGUUGGAUAUGAUGAAUAAGACGCCGUUAUUCAUGACGGAUAUUAGCCAGGCGGGGGAUGAGAACGGCGAAAAUGUCAUGCUCGAUGCUCUCUACGCCCUGCAGAACGAAGGCACCCGUGGCGACGUUGCGCAAAAUUUUCGCGAACAAGGAAAUGAAGCGGCCAGAGAGAAGAGAUGGAUGGACGCGAAGGAAUUUUAUUCUAAAGCGAUCGCGGUUGUUCUAGCAAAGGAAGACAAGUGGGAUAAGCCGGAGAAUCCUGAAGAGGACAAAAAGGUGUUGCGCCAGGCGGAGGAGGCUUCGUACAUCAACCGCGCGCUGUGUCAUUUGGAGCUGAGAAACUACCGCUCAUGUACUCUUGACUGCGCGUCUGCCCUCAAGCUCAACCCCGAGAACGUCAAGGCGUUCUAUCGCUCCUCGACAGCACUAUACGCCCUCGACAAGAUCCCCGAAGCCCAAGACGCUGCUUCCCGCGGUCUCUCCCUCGAUCCCGAAAACAAACCCCUCCAAGCGACAGCGACGAAGAUCGCAGAGCGCAAGGCCGCCCUUGAGCGCAUCGCAGCCAAGAAGAAGGCCGAAGCCGACAGAAUCCGCAAAGAAACACAACUCCUCACCGUCGCCCUGAAGGCCCGAGAAAUCCGUACUCGCAAGACCGGACAACCGCCGGAGAUGGAGGAUGCGGGGAUACGCCUGAGCCCCGAUCCUCUCUCGCCUGAGAGUACUCUUGAAUUCCCCGCUGUGUUCUUGUACCCCACGGAUGCGCAGUCAGAUUUCAUCAAGGCGUUUUCGGAGAUGCACUCUAUUGAGGACCAUUUGGAUUAUAUCUUCCCAUUGCCGUGGGACACGAAGAAGGAAUACACCAUCGACAAUGUGGAGUGCUAUAUGCAGACCGUUACCGGUGGGUUGAUCAAGGCUGGCAAGAAGCUACCUCUUCUGCAGAUCUUGAGCGGAGGCAAGGUCGAGGUUGUCGAUGAACUGGUGACAAUUUACGUGGUGCCUACGUCGAAGACUGGGAGGUUCAUCUCGGAGAUGAAGGCCAGAAAGGAGAGUGGAAGCUGAGCCCGUUGCUUUUUUGUGGCUUGGCACGACAUGAUGAAGCAAUCCGAUAUGGGAACUACAUAGCAGCCAUCUUACUCGCGAUAGCGAUUAACCGCGCAGGUAUGGGGUUUUAUCCGGCAGCACCACGAGUCGCGGCGAUGAUGCCGCGAUACGGUUGACACUUUGUGUCACUGCGAGCUGCAGAUUCGUGUAUAUAAAAUUCGGCUGAAUUAUGAAUGGAUACCCUGCAUAGCUUUUGCUAGACUACUGAAAUGAGAUGCGAUAUUUCCUCGGUUGACCCGUGCUUUUAGGCAAAUUCGGAGAUGCUCCUCGAGUAGACUCAAUUCCGAUUCGACACUGACAUGCAGUAUAUAAUCAGCCUAGUUAAUAUCACACAGUAUUCAACAAACAAUGAAGGAA